AUGCCGCCGAAUCGAUGGCAAUUCAUCGACUUAUCGAACGAUACCCCCGAUAACCUCACGCAAGUCAAACGCCAUGUGAUGCAGGAGUAUAUGCGACAAAAACGUAUGGAAACCCAGCAGCAGGAACAGUCGGACGAUGGGAAAGAUGACGACCAGAAAAGCUCGACAAGGAAAACUACCAAGCGAUCGCGAACGAAGACGACUAAGCCGACGAACGAAGCGAAUAUCGGAGGGAAACCUCAAAGACGAACGGCUACACGUGAUACUGAAAAGAAAGAGGAAGGAGCGGCCCUCAGGAUAGUACCUGUCCCGCGCAGCAAUAGGAAUCGAUAUCAUUCUUCCGACUACAGCGACUUUUCUUCUUCGUCAUCUCCCUCUUCUUCCUCUUCAUCCGCACGAUAUCCUGGUUCAUCAACUGAGGGUGACGGCUAUGGCAUCAAUUUUGGAGCUGGAUUCCAACCUACUCCACCUCAGUCGGCUCAGUUGAGAAUGUUGUCACCCCCUCGGACUGUCUUGAGUGCCGCAAGAACCGACCCAUUUGAUACCCUCCCCUGGAAUACGUCCAAGGAAGACCAGCGUUUGUUUGAUUUCUAUGUGAACGAGAUGCCAGCAGUCUCUUAUGGACACCAGUAUCGCUCGAAAAGAGCCCACAAUUGGUACACGGAAAUCUUCGUCCCUGAAGCCAUGAAAGGUUCGUUGACCUUUGUCAACACCAUUCUUGUCCACGCCGCGAAUACUUGGGCCUGGGUUCGCAAUGAAAAUGAGACGGAUGGCACAUUACGUUAUCGACAACUUGCCAUCUCUAUGCUUCGCGAUCACAUGCAAAAGUAUCCUUAUGACACAACUGACAAUGUGAUCACUGCCUGCAUGAGCGCUGCCGCUCUUGAAGACUUUGAUCCCCGGCCAGGACACAAAGAAAUUAGUUGGAUCCACAUGCGUCAUGCCCAGAAGUUGAUACGACGUCGCGGGGGUCCUAUCGCCUUUCAAAACACAAAGCUCGCAAGACUCAUUAACUGGCAAGACUAUAUUCUUGCCGGGUAUGUCUCGGACGCGAAUGCUUUUCACUUUGAAGACGACAACUAUCAUUCCUAUGCCACUAAAUCAUCUCCAAUUGGUCAAUCAACGACCUUAUUCCCAUCAUCGCCAAAUUCAGCAUCCCCGACUACCUUAGAUCGCACUCCUUCGCCUAUAAAUCACCCUUACGCCAACACGGUAAAAGAGGAACUUGCCUUGCAAUGCGAGGACUUCCUAGACUUUCUCACCCGAUGCGAACACCUAGCAUUGAGCCAACGAAUGAUACUAUCGUCAAAAGAUGCGCCUGUCCGACAUUCUGCCUUUGGUCCUGGAUCAACUCUCCAUCGUAUUUUAGCAUCCCCUGCAGUGAAGCGGAGAACCCUCACUGGAGAUAGGAAACAGUUUAUCACCCGACUGGCUGCUUUUAUGAUGUUAAAUGCAGCACUUUGGGAUUACCGAUACUCAGUUCCCAUGACAGAGGCGUUUAUAGAGCACUCCAUACUUCAACUUCAGGAUAGUGAGGUCAACAUUGACGCUUCGAUAGAAGCUCUCUUGCAAAUCCUGUUGGCAUGCAAGGACUUUCCUUUCAAUGAAUCUGCGCCGUUCACUCUGCACUCGCUUUCAUUACCACCGGCUUCUCGAGCAAUCGGUGACUUUUCACAAAAUUCUGAAACAGCGACAUCCCCCUUUGACAGGCCAUGGUUUGUCGGCCGGAUGCUCAAAGUUGCAAAGCGUCUAGGACUCCAGUCCUGGCUUCGACUUAACAAUUUUCUGUUCGAAUGCCUUACUCUCCAGGUCCAGGAAAAUACCAUGCGCUCGUGGGAGAAUAAUCUACGAGGCGAAAUAUUACAAGCCCCGUCGACGAGCUACGUUAUGCCCGCAUUACAGGAGGCUGUUUUUCUGGGAACAUGA